AAACAUAAAACAAACAACAGUUGUACACGAGAUUUUUAAACAAAUAUAUAUAUAUACACCAGACAUACACAUACACACAACUACAUAGACAUACGAUAUAGGAAAAAACUAAACACAGCGAUGACAUUCCGAGAUAAGAAUUUGGGAAUGCUUUCUAGCCGCCGAAUCACCGGUAUCGAUUUUACCUUGUUUAUUGAUACUGAGGACAGCACUUAUUCGCAAAGCUCCGAUUUAUCAGAUCAGAGUAUAGAUGCAUCUCUGACUCGCAUUUCAUUGCUCAUACAGGACUAUAAGCUAUUCAAGGCCGCACGGCUUAUACAAAGAAGCUUUCUCAUUUGGCGCAAGCGUCGUCAAAUGGAAAAGAGGUGGGAGGCAGCCAUUACCAUACAGAGAUGGUGGCGUGGUUACUGGGUGCGCAAAAACUUCAUGUUGUAUGUGGAGCAGAAAUUGCAGACUGCCAUCUUUGCCCAUUAUAAUAAGGCGGCAACUAAGAUCCAAGCGCUCUUCCGGGGCUGGUGGGUUCGUCAUACUAUCGAGGAUUGGGGUGCACGGCGACGAUUGCAGAAAUGUGCUGCCGAGGAUCUGUUGCAUUGUGUGGCCUACAAAUUGCACCACAUGCUGCGCACCUACUCAAUUCCAGGUGUAUACUCGCUGGCCAACUCACACUGCUUGUCUCGCGUUGAGAAGCUGUUGAGCAGUUUGAGAUAUCGCUUCUACAAUGCAGUUGUUCAUAAAAACAUGCUCUUUCACCAGGAUAAAAUAAAAAGUCAGCGGCAGCAGUUCACGAAUGCCGCAUAUUAUACAAAAGUACCGUAUCCGGAUAUUUUCUGUAAGGAUCAUUGCUUGCAAUUUAUGAAUAAGACAAGGGAUCUUGACAAGCGUAUGUAUCAAAUCAUUGCUGCCUACGAUGAAUCCAUGCGAGAUGAGCGCAAAACACACACAAAACAGACUCUUAGCACAAAGGAAAUCAAGCGUCGCAAGCGAAUCAAUAAGAUUCUCCACCGAAAGGAAAGGAAGAAACUCGAUUUUUGUGGCGAUGUUAUUGCCAGCAUGCGUCGUUGGGAUAUAUGGAAUGACAAAAAAUUGACUAUUGAGAAAGAUAUCUUCCGAUCUCCGGAAAAACUUGAACAUUUCCUUAAAGACGCCAUCGACAUAUUGUCGGCUCUAACAAAUUGCCAUUGCACAAUGCCAGCACUUUUGUAAUAGAUUCACCGCUGAAAUUGUUAUUAAAUAAUAAAGUCCAUUAACAUUAGGAGUAUUUUA